GUCCACCGAACGGUUCGGCGGCCGGCGCCAGCUCUGCUCCUAUUUAUGACUCACGCUGUGCCGUCGGGCUUUCAAGUUCGUCCACGCCCGGCGUCGCCGAACUCCGCGCACGCACGCUGUCUCGAUCCCGCCGGUGCGACAGCGAGCAUCUCGAGUUCCACAGGAGGUUUGAAGCAUCGUCAUCAACACGAUGGAUGAGUACCCCCUGAUCAGAGACCACCGUACGCUGCUUCAAGGCCGCGGCGUGAUCGGUGCUGAAGGAUGCCUUGGCAUCCGCAGUUCUGAAGGCAAGUCUGCCCCAACACAAGAUGACCGCAAGAACAAGAGGAAAAAAGACAACAUGUUCGACUCCGACUGGCCGGAGCUGGUCAGCUUAGACGAUUUCGAUCCAAGCCCGAGAAAUUAUUUUGAGAUAGGGAGCAAUUAUUUUGAGGACACACUAUGGUCCUCAGUUUUCUCACCAGAAGCUCGGCUUGUACCAAGCAGCUACUUCGACGAUAUCGAUUUCUCGAUUGAUCGAGAUGAGAACACCGUUCUCAAGACAAAUCCGACAAAAACCAAGCAACAGAAGCAAGUGAUGCACGUGCCAGCUCUGAACGGAUUAAGUGAUGCACCUCUGAAUUGUGAUGCACGUGCCAGCUCCUCUUCCGGCAUUUCUGCUGCUGAACUCUUCGUCCCCUUUGAUAAUAUGGAACUCGGAAACCAAAUAGGUUGCUGCGAGGGACUAGAGACAAUUCUUUCCCCGAGUCAUGAAAUGCAAGUCCCGACGGCAUCUAGCAGCAUGUGCAGUGGAGAAACGGUAGCUUCACCAACUUUCUCAGGGCCUGAUUCCGUUGCUCCCCACAUCCCUCGUCCUUCGAAGAAGCCGCACGAUCCAUUCAGAGGGGCUCCUGAUAUGAUCCUCGAGGAGAUGGCUGAAAACCCACUGGACAUGUACUUCCCUCCGCUGGCAACGUAUCAGCAGCAGCCUGAAAAGCCGACGAGCGACGCCACUUCGGCACAGAAGCAUCGGUUCCCUGAAGAGUUUGCAGGCAGUCAUUCUCUGAACCGUGCAGAGUCACAGCUCUGCUCGAAGGAGAUGGCUUCUGCAGGGUUACAUGGGCAGCCUAGCUCGGCAAUGGUUCUGGAAGCCGUGCCGGUGAAGGAACUUGGCUUCCAUAAGCUUCAGGAAGGCAUGAAUCAGCUGGAUCUGGCAAUUAAAGGGCGCAUAAGGGACGCCUUAUAUCGGUUGGCCAACGGUGUCGAACAGAGGCAUGUUGCUGCCGGUUCAAGUGGACGGGUGGGAUCGUCAGGCUCAAAGAGUGUCAUGCCUCGCAGGUUCAGAUCGGGCCAUGGAUGGACCGAAACACAGACGAACCCCAUGGAUCAGGCAGUAGCACAGCUGCUUCUGAAGAAACCCUCUUACGGGAAGGCUGCCCAGCCGCACCGUGUGACAUAGUCUCCUCCACAACCACAAGAGACCCGAGCCGACUCUUUUGCGGCAGUGCAAGAAUUGCAAUAAUCCAUUUGCAUCCUAUUCUGAAAGACUGAAGUAUGUGACACCUGAAUAUCUGAUGACGAUGCAGUUCCAUCUAUCGUACAGCUCUGAUGUACUCUGAAAGUGUGCUGCCCAUGCAUGAAAACUUGUAAAGUAUUAUAGCGCUGCACCACCAGUAGAUGACAGUAGAAGUAUGCUUUACCAUCAAAGUAGAAGUAGGGCUGGAAACGCUCGAGCAAUGUGUAUUAUUUGGAGAUUGGGCUACUUAAAUAUUGGGACACUUUAA